AUGUCGGAAGUAAACCUUGACUGGGUCGAUGACCGCCAGCGACAGCGCCUGGAUGAGAUGCUGAUACUCGUUGAUGAGGACAACAAGGUUAUUGGCUCAGACACCAAGAGGAACUGCCACCUGAACGAGAACAUUGAGAAAGGUUUGGCUUUUUGUUCAUUUUCACCCGUCGGCUUUGAGAAUAAAAUGAGGGAAAAUUUCCCACGCCCCUUUCUAGGGUAUUUCACCGACUCCUGUUCCAGCCACCCCUUGUACGAGCCUGCGGAGCUGGAGGAGAAGGACGCGGUCGGGGUGCGCAGGGCGGCCCGCAGGCGGCUGCUGGCGGAGCUGGGCAUUCCCCCGGAGCAGAUCUCUGUGGAGGAUGUUGUGUUCAUGACAAUCUAUCAUCACAAGGCAAAAUCCGACCGCGUUUGGGGCGAACACGAGAUCUGCUAUCUCCUGCUGGUGCGGAAGGACGUGUGUGUGGCCCCCGACCCCAGCGAGACCAAAAGCUUCCAAUACCUGGCGCAGGAUCAGCUGCGCGAGCUGCUGGCGCGCGGGGCCCGCGGCGAGGUGCGGGUCACCCCCUGGCUGAGGACCAUCGCGGAGAGGUUCCUGUACAAUUGGUGGCCGCACCUGGACGACGUGGCCCGGCUGGUGGACCGCCACACAAUACACAGGGUGGUGGGGGCUCCUGCGAUCCGCACUUAGCCACGUGCCUCUACAAGCUCGGAUCAC